UAUGCGAUACACGUGUAUUUAGUUAUCUUCGUGAAAUUACUAGCGACCAUGCGUCUCCAUAUGUACUUUCUAUGAUGAGCACGCUUAGGACUCCUUCCAGGGACAAAAUCCCACUUAUCUUCAUUUACGCUGUAUUCAUGUUCGUACCUAAUGCCAAUUAGCUUCCAAACGCAAAGAUUAUUAUAGUGCUUAGAACCUGCUCUCUUUUCCCAGUUAUCAACAGUGGCACAAAGGAACGUAUCACAUUCCCUGCCAAAUCACCUCUCCCCCGGUUCAUGCUUUCGGUCCGUUGUAUGUUCUAAAUAAUAGCCGAGAAAAACAUGUAAACAAAUUUUCCGCACUCGCUUUCCACCAACUCACCUCAGAAGAGAGUGCCACCCCCUCGGCGAGCAAGAGAGUGAGAGAGUGAGUGCCUUAUAGCAUCCCACCCACCACCCGGCAACCAACGCAUUUUCCAGCUGGUCGCGAAUGCGAUGUUUUCCGAACAACAUCCGGCGGUGUCUGGCUGACUGGCUGCCGAGACAAACGCAAACGGAAUGGUAUCCCGACGAAUCGGCUUCGCAGCCUCACUUGGUCGGUGGACGUCGCGUAAGGUGAACGCGUUUUUCUCUGCUUCCGGGUCGCGUCUGGCAGGAUUAAGAUCCCUCCACCCUGUCUGUUACUGGUGUGCGUUUGUCAGUGUGUGUCAGUUUGGCUCCCGCAGCAGCCUCCUGGCGGGGAGGCUCUUUGUGAGGUUUGGUCGGUCCUUCCAGGAAUAAUAACAGGGCACCAUUCCUCCGCGCCGCACGGUACGCUUGCCCUAGUGUCAUCUCCGCGUCGUCGCGCGAUUACCCUCGCCUCGGUGUCGGUUGUGCUGAAGAAGUGCUGUGCCUAAACUUCGUGGCAGUGAUACGGACUUCGGUCACCUGUUGAAACGGGCCUUCGGCGCGGGUGUUUUUUGCGUGUUGGGGGUGGUUGUUAGGUCUAGUGGUUAUGUGCAUCUAGUUGACCGUGGAAAGUUCUUACAAAGAUCUGCAGAGCAUCGUCGUCAUCGCCUGCUUCGGUCGAUACAAAGGAUCAAAGUGAUAUUUCCAAUUUUGGACAAACGUGUAACGUGUGUGUGUUUGCGUUAUAUCAAGACGAAUAAGAGAUUAUUUAUUUACCGAACCGUUGACGACGUGGCCGUAGGCCCCCGGGGACGGUGUAGUGAUACGUUGAAUUACGGGAAAAGGAAAAUACUACACAACAGUACCGUACCAUCUAUCUACAUAGCGGCUGUUGUCUAUUCAAGUUUUUCCGUUGAAGGUUGCUGGUGCGCUCUGUACGGCAGUUCCAAGAGAGUAUAAAUAAAUACCAAGUUGAUGUUGAAAUUUAGAGUAAAUAUUUUCUGUGCAAACCCCGGUGUACCGGCAGUACCAUAACCGAAUAGAGAAUACCACCGCCUACCAGUCAGUGUGCUGGCUGGUUGAUGAUACUUGCACUGUGAGUGCGUAGUUUACUUGUGUAUGUGUUGUUCUAGACGAAAAAUAAAUAUAUAAUUGUUGCAAUAAAAGUGUAUCUGAACAAGUGUCUCAAAAAGUUGUUGGAUCCCAGCAUUCGGUGUUUCCGGAAAAAGUGCAUCCUAUCGCGGGUGAAUCGAGGAAUGUACACAGUAGAAAGUGGCCAACGUUGAUUAACUACAAUCGCUGGAGUGCGUUUCUUUGGUCAGCGCGAGGUGCUCCCCCUAUCCAGCCCUCCUUCGGCCGUGUUAAACACCAGUGUUAUCAGUGUUUAGUGAUUAAGCGUGUGUAAAAGUGGGAAAAAAUCACUAAUGAUUCAAUGUAAUUGCGCCGGUUGCUGCUGCUGCUGCUGGCGUUGCGGUUAAGGCAGUACCCUGGUGUAAAUAGAUCUCUAUCCGGUGGAGUGUUUGUACAUAUUUAGUUCGGCUGCCGGCUUGAUUCACUGUUGCUGCGGUUUUGAAGUGAGUGCGAGAAUCAAUGUGAAAAAAGUGCUCUGGUUGUUGGCUUUGCUUUAGUUGAUUUUUCCCCAGCCAGCCCCGGCGGCUUAGUUGAACCGGGAGAAUACUACUAUCGUACGUUGCGUUGCGUUGGUUCGUUCGUUCGUUCAGCGGGGAGUAAUUGGAGAUCAACGGAGACUGGAUAGAAACUGGGCUAUAGUUGAACGUGAAAAGCAUCGAGUCAGCGCGGUUCAAGGGCAGCCCUCCCGGCGAACAAGGAAACGUCCACAACCAACGCUGGUGCAACCAUCGGGAACGACGACCAGACUUUAAGCAUAGCGCCGACCCACUGACUGGCUAGGAGCCCUACAGGAAAGUGGUAGCGAGGAGUGGUGUGAGUGAGAAAGAGCCAUGACAUCGCCCCUGCCACUGCUGCGCUCGUUCUCGACCGAAAACCAGAACCGAGACUGGUGCAAGCGAUUCUCGCUGCGAGUCAACCGGAAGGCCGCCAACAACGCCACCACCGCCGAUGGAAAGCUGGACUUUGCUACGCUGCGUAAAAACAAAUUCGCCCGCCGUUGUUCGUCCCUGCGGCAGCAACCGACCGGAAGCGAGGUGCCUACAACAGCAUCGAGCGUGACACUGGAACUGGAGAGUGCCAGCCCGGCCCAAUCGAUGACCAUCCACCAGCCGAGUGCGAUGGCCCCCACCAGCAAUAGCAAUAGCAACAGUAACAACAACAACAACAACAGUAGCAGCUCACCCAAGAAGCCCAAGUGGGAGGUGAUUGAGCACUUCAAGAGCACCGGACGCGGCCAGGAGUCAAUCAGCAGCAGCCUGAUUGCGGCGGGAGUAACAGCAUUCAACCUUGACGAUACCACGUCCAACUACUCGGGCACCGCUUCGCUGCGCAAGAAGAGCUUCCAGAUCUACGGUGCUGCCGCACCGGACGAGCUCGAGCCGCUGAAUAAUGGCAAUCCUGGUGGGGGUAAUGUAGCAGGCGGUAGCGCGAUGGAAGGGCUUUGCGACACCUCUCGCUGCUGGAAUCACAUCAAAUGUCUGUUCAAUGGCAUCAUCUGUUCGCAUAAAUUUAAGAACGUUCAGGUGGAGAUGCUGUAUCAGCGUUACUUUCUCCGCAUGAACCAGAGUAAUACGGUGCACAUCGUGUGGCUACUAUUAGCGUUAAUUUUCAUCUUAGCACUGAUACAUCUCGUGUUCACUUUCAUUCUGCAGCAGUCACUCGAAAGCUGCCCCGGCUUUGCCACCGAUCCUUUAGACCACAGCGGAGGUUGGAACUCUUCAUUGCCACCGGCGGUAUCGACGACGAAUACGACAUCAUCAUCAUCAUCAGCGACAGCAGCUUCAACAGUGGCGGCGGCGGCGGCGUCACUGUCGUCGUCCUUGGGAUUAUCGCAAACGGCGGCGGCUGAGCGGUUUCCGGUCCGUCUGCUAUUGAACGAGAGUUUUCCCGAUGAAGGCGGAGGUGGCGGUCCCAGUGAUAAUGGGUUCAAUGUGGAUGAUUCCGGUGGCGAGGGGGCGGCGACGGAAGGAAGAACCAAAGUUCGAAGAAGCGCAAGGACACCGCCGUCGUCAGCUGUGGAUGGGAGUGAAAGUGAUAGUGAGAGUGGGAAGGGAAGUGAGAAUCGCAAAGGAAGGCGGCUGAAAGUUCGAACAAGUGAAAGUUUCUGGAGCCAAUUGCUUCCUGCCACAGCCGGUGCUGGGAUGGAGGGUGCGAGUGGAAGUGUUCCGAAAGGUGACGCCCAUAAUGAUAAUGUUAGGUCUGAUGGAGUAAUUAAUCAUGCGAUCGAGCGUGCACAGAGGAUGAAUCGGUUGAGAAGAAGUCAUUCCGGUGGAGGUGGAGAUAACGACGAGAAUCGGGUGGAGGUGGUGAAAAAUUACCCGGCGAAGGAGAAACCGAGAAAACAGAAAGGCUCCAUUAACGACCGCCAUAACGGUGCUGAUAACGAUGUCAUCAACAUGGCCUACGACAACUACGACGAGCAGAAGGACGACUUUGGCACUACCAGCGACAAUGACAGCGACAGCAACAGCGAUACUAUCGGUACCAUCGGGUCCGCCAAAGCCACCCCACCGACCCCGCAAUUUGAUUUGUCCUUGUCGUCGUCGACGUUCGACAAUCGCUCCACCGAUUGGGGUGAUGAUACCGGGCGGGCCGUCGUCGACGAGCUCGGGCUCUGCAGCCGGGACUACUUCACCCUUCUGAAGGAUAACAUGACUCAGCUGAUCCUGAUUGGCGUUUGUGCCGCGGUGUACGCUCUGCUGCUGGCCUGUCUCUACAAGCAGCGCAUCAACGAAAUCUACCUGUUCCAGGUGUCGUACGUGGUGAUGGCGACGCUGCUGGCGCUGGACGUCUGCUUCAGCUUUAUCACCUCGGCCAAAAAGUUCACAUCGUCCGGCGGGUGCACCGUGAUUGCGAUCUACAUCAUCUACACCAUGCUGCCGAUCCGGCUGAGGGAGGCCAUCGUCGGUGGGACGCUGCUGUCACUGUCGCACAUCGUGCUAACCUUCUACAUGAACGACUCGGACGAUGACAACGAGGUGCGCUACUCGGACCUCAUCACCUUGGCUUGCACGAACGCCGCCGGUAUCCUGCUCCAUUGGCCCAAGGAGCGAUCCCAGCGGAACGCUUUCAUGGAAACUCGCCAAUGCGUCGAGGCUCGUCUACGAAUCCAGCGGGAGAACCAGAAGCAAGAGCAACUGCUACUGUCGGUUCUGCCGCGGCACGUGGCCAUGGAGAUGAAGAACGACAUUGCCGGACAACCCCGGGAAGAAGCCCAGUUCCACAAGAUCUACAUCCAACGGCACGAGAAUGUGAGUAUACUGUUUGCGGACAUCUGCGGGUUCACCAGUUUAUCCGAUCAGUGUACGGCGGAGGAGUUAGUGCGGUUGUUGAACGAGCUGUUCGCUCGAUUCGAUCGACUAGCACAGGAACACCACUGUCUGAGAAUCAAACUACUGGGGGAUUGCUACUACUGCGUAUCGGGACUUCCGGAAGCAAGGCCCGAUCAUGCGAUCUGUUCCGUUGAGAUGGGCCUGGACAUGAUUGACGCCAUUGCGUUGGUUCGAGAGGUGAUGGCUGUGAAUGUGAACAUGAGAGUGGGGAUCCACACGGGGAGGGUCCACUGUGGAGUGUUGGGUUCCCGGAAGUGGCAGUUUGAUGUGUGGUCGAAUGAUGUGACGUUAGCAAAUUACAUGGAGAGUGGGGGUGUUCCGGGUAGGGUGCAUAUUACGAAAGAAACCCUGAAAAGUCUGGGCGAUCACUACGAAGUGGAAGAGGGAAAGGGAGCAGAUCGCAACAACUAUCUUAAGGAUCAUCAAAUCCAGACGUAUCUGAUAGUUCCUAAGGAGUCCUACCGAGCGCAGCAUACCAUGUCCAAGCAGUCGUCUUCCGUGAAUGGGAACAUUUCCAAAGAGCUGCGCAUGAUGGGCCACUGGUCCAAGAUGGGGUUCAACGACAAACAGGAACCCAAGAGUACCGAAGAGGAGGUUAACGAGUAUCUGAUCAAGGCGAUCGAUGCGCGAUCGAUCGAUCGGCUGCGGUUGGAUCACUGCAAGCGCUUCCAUCUGACGUUCAUCAAGGACGACAUCGAGCGGAAGUACUGCCGCGAGCCGGAUCCGAUGCUGAACGUGUACUUCUACAGCAGUAUCAUCAUCUUCUUCGGGAUCAUGUCGAUCCAGGUGCUGGUUUUCCCUAUGGACCAUUACACCUACUGGGUGUACGGUGUACUAACUGUGAUGCUACUAGUUUCCUGUGUUCCAGUCUUCUCGAGAGAAGAUACAAAAAUUUCCAACUUCUUCCGGAUGAUAUCGCAGAAGAUCCAUGGCCGGCGGGAGGUCGCACAAGUGAUAUCGUUAUGCGUUGUCGUUACUGUGAUAUGUUUGUCUUACUAUAAACUGACUUUUAUUCUCUAUCUAUCGCUAUCGGAGGAAUAUUUUCUACAUUGGCCUAAUCAGUGUAAUGAAUCGAAAGCUUUUAGUAUUCUGCAACUACUUACCUUGCUUGCCUUACUUACUUGUGCGGUGCAUCAGUUCAUCAAGAUCAUUUUCAAAAUCAUCCUGCUGGUGGUCAUCCUGAUGUGCUACAUCACAUCCAUCGUGGUGCUGACGAUGAUCUACGGUCGGCACUGCGAGCCGUGGUUCUACACAACGGAGCGCUUCCUAAUCGACGUCGCCUUUCUGGUGGUGUUCGUCAUCGCGCAGAUCAUGCACAGCCAGCAGACAGAGAUUACCCGCCGACUGGACUUCAUCUGGAAGCUGCAGGCCACCGAGGAGAAGGAGGACAUGGAGCACCUGCAGGCGUACAACCGGAAGCUGUUGGCCAACAUUCUGCCGGUGCACGUGGCGGAUCAUUUUCUGCGCCGCGAGAAGAACAUCGAGGAAAUUUACCACGAGCAGUGCGACCGGGCCUGUGUCAUGUUCGCGUCCAUUCCGAACUUUAGCGAAUUCUACAUCGAACUGGAGGGAAACAACGAAGGCGUCGAGUGCCUCCGAUUGCUCAACGAAAUCAUUGUGGACUUUGACGAACUGCUGGCGCAGGAUCGCUUUCGGCACGUGGAGAAAAUCAAAACGACGGGAUCGACCUACAUGGCCGCCUCUGGGCUGACGUUGAACAGUGGCGGUGGUGGAGGCGGCGAUACGGUGGUGGCAAUGAGCGAGUCCGGACAUGUGACGGCCAUGCUGGACUACGCGCUGGAGCUGUUCCAGAAGAUUACCGACGUCAACGAGCAUUCCUUUAAUAAUUUUAGGAUGAGGAUAGGUAUCAACAUAGGGCCGGUGGUGGCCGGUGUGAUCGGCACCCGCAAACCCCAGUACGACAUCUGGGGCAACGCGGUGAAUGUGGCCUCCCGGAUGGACUCGACCGGCGUGAUGGAUCACAUUCAGGUCACCGAGGAUGUGUACGAGAUCGUCAAGGACAAGGGAUACAACCUGACGUGCCGAGGGACAAUCAACGUGAAGGGCAAGGGCACGAUGGUAACUUAUUUGAUGCCGGGGAUUGCCAAGGAGCAGAACUAGGAAGUUGGGAGUGUGGAGAAGUUGUUGACAUUAUUAAGUUAAGUUUCUUUUCCAGGAUUUUAUUUCAAGUCUAGCAGUGUUGCCAGUUUGUACGAGAUUUAUAGUCAGCGAAAUGGAAUGCGUUUGGUAAGACAUAUCAAGAGUAUUAUUUUUUUUUUACCGUAGCUUGAAGAUGUUAGGAACAGUAUUGUAAUGAUUGUAGCUUUCAUAAACAGGAAUCCGUUAAAACUGCUGUAAUAUUGGAAUGUCCAAAACUGUGCUGCUGAUAGAUGCUAAAUACUUAGUCGCGCUUCGUGGUAAUGGUUUCAUUUUGUGGGAAGCAAUUUGUUGACGUCAACUGUAGUGGAAAUGCCAUGAAAUUUUUUGCAUGGUCUCCCAAACAACAAAAUUUAAAAAAUCUUUUUCGUUACAAAAUUUCAUCGUUUCUAAAAAAAACUUACAGUAGGAAUUCCACCAAAACUUAGAUAGUUUUUCAAGCGCUAACUAAAUUAUUUCAUCCUAGAAUUUGUAUGGGAUCCAUACCAAGUUAAGGAUCCCGUUCCAUAACUGUAUGUCUUUUUGAUCAAGGACAAUCAUAAUUUACAUUUUAAACAUACUUCAGAUCUGAGGAUAUGUUCCUUUUUAAAGGUUGUAUUUCAUUUUCUAUAUAUUCGCCUACCAUUUUAAUUUAUAUUUAUGCGUGUUGUUCUAUGUUCAACUUUUCUUUUUCUUUUGCCAAAAGAAUGGUAAAUUUCUGUUUUUAUGAUUCCCUCUGCUCUUCAAUAACAUUGUUAUCUGUGCACGCCAAGCAAUAAAAUUAAAAAAAAAAUACAAAUUUUCCAAAAACUGCUUGAUUUUAUUAUUAUUACUAUUUAUUAACGACACUUUACCAUUAUUGUGGCAUUCGUGUCAUAAAAAAAGUCUUGUAAUGAUACUUUUUAUCUGGAAUUUUUUUAAAUUUCUAUAAACCUUCAGAAAUGGAUUUAGAAUCUAUUGAUCAACAAAUAGAUGCUCUUAUAAAUUUUAUGAGAAAACACAUUCACUUGAAAAUUUUGUUUUACUACCGUUUUUUUUUUUCAAAAAUUGUCCUGGAUAUUCAAUAUUCAGUUAUUGAUACCUGGGUUUUUCUGGGAGUUCCUUGGAUAAUGCUCCUGAGAAAUGUAUAAAAUCAAAUAUUUCAUUCUAUCAUCACGAAGAAUUUAGAUUCCUUGAAGGAUACCUCCAAAAGCUCUCCUUGAAAUAAACCGAUAGUUUUUUUUUUUGUAAAUUUUUCAAAAAAAAUCUAUAGAGAUUCUCAAGAAAAUUCCUCGGUAAAUAUUACUGUAAACCCUCUUUUAUAUGAGGUAGUGUUCGAAAAAUGUAUCUGGAGUAACUCUUCAACGAUUCUUCCGAAAAGUCCUUUAGGAAGUUCUUCUUGGAGCCUUCUUUAAACUCUUGCAGAGGCUGAUAAGAUAUUUCCAAAAAAUCAAUAAAUUGCAGGAAAGAGAAUUCUCAAAGGGAAUUUCUGUUCAGGAAUUCUCCCCGUACACUAUAAAGGCUUUUCUUCUGUGAGGGCCUCAGGGGAUUUCUUCAAAAAUAUUAUUGAACCAUUUCAGAAAUUUCAGAAAAAGUUUUGAAGAAAUGUCUCCCAGCUGUUCCGUAAGAAUCCUUAUGAGAUUCUAUGAAAGACUCUGUAGGAAUUCUUGGAGAGUUUUUUUUUAACUUUCUUAUGAAAUCCUUAGAACAGUUUCUGGAUGAGAAAUGUCUUGAAGGGAUAUCUAAACGAAUGUAAAAAAAUCUUGGGAAUUGCCUCAUUUAUCUCCUAUAGAAUUUCGAAAGCACUCCUUGAAGAAAAUGCUUUAGAAAGCUUCUGACAAAAUUUUGAAGGAGUUAAUCUUCUGAUUCUCAAUGUACCCGUUAAUCGUUUUCAAAAAAAUCUAUGAAAUGUUUGCUGAAGUGGUUUUCCAAAUGAUUACUUUGAAACAUACCUCCUAAUACCGCCAUGAAAAAAAAAUCUGAAGAAAUUCGUUGAUGAAUUUCUGGAACAAUCUAUGCAAGAUUAUUCUAAAAAUGAUUAUUUAAGUAUUUUAUAAAGGAAUCCAUGUAACAUUUUUAAAUCGUAUCCGUGCAAGAUUUUCUAAAGAAGUUCCUGGAGAAAUUUUUGAAGGACAUUCUGAAAUGUAAAGGAAUCCUUGGAAGAUUUUGAGAGGAAUUCUGACUGAAUUUCUUAAGGAUUUCCUGAUGAUUUUUGAAAGUAAAUCUACGAGGAGUUUCCAAAGGAGUCCCUGAAAAAAAUUAUAUAAGAAUCAGCAAAGGUUCAUGAAAAAUAUUGAAAAAUCUGUAGUAGUCUUUUCAAAGUAAUCCUUGUAGAAAUUUGUAAAGAAAUCUCUGAAGGAAAAAAAAAAUAAUAAUAGCAAUGGGAGCAAUUGAAGAAAUCCCUUUGCAGUUUCUAUAGGAAUCCCAGCAGAAAAUUCCCCUAUGGAUCUCACAAUUUUUCUUCAAGAGUAUUUAGAUUUUGGAGGUAUUUCUAAAGAAAUCCCAGGAAGAUCUUCUGACAGAAGUUAUGAAAUUUGUGGAGGAAUCGCUAGUGGAAUUCCUGGAGAAAUUGGAAGUUGCUGGAGAAUUUCUGGUGAAAUCCUGGGAAAAUUUUCCGAAGUAUCCCAAGUACAAAUUUUUGAAGGAACUUUUGAAACACUUUCUGAAAAACUGUGGAAUAGUUUCUAAAGGCAUCGCUGAAAGUUGUAUUAACGGAAUCUCUGUAGAAAUGUCUAAAUAAAUGUCUAAUGAAAUUUUUGAAGGAAUCUCUGAAAGAAUUUUCAAAUUCAUGGAUGCUUUGAAAGAAUUAUUUGUGGAAUUUGUAGAGUUAGUGGAACUUCUAAACGAAUUCCUGAAGAAAACUUCCGAGAGAAUCGAUGGAAAAUUGCUUGAAAGAAUUUGUGAGGGAAUUUCCGGUCGAAUGCUUAGACUCGUUGGAACUCUUGACAUAUUUAGCUGUUUUAUACCUUUGGCGGCCACACAUAGUAACUCAUCCGGAUAAAUCCUCGACAGAUAACUGUAGAAGUUCUUCCAAAACAAAAAAAAAAUAAAAAAAAAAAUCUUCAGAUAUCCGCUUUUAAACCAUUACAAAAUCUUUCAGGGUGUCUCUUUCAGAAAGGCUUCCGGCACUUGUUCAGGAAAAUUACCCAUGGAACACUGCAGAAAUUACUGAGAAAAGCAAGAGUGUCCACAAAAGUAUUAUACCGAUAUCUUCUGGAAGCACACCAUCGGGAAAUUGGUCCAACAGGCUUUAAAAAUCCCUCUGUGAGUUUUUGUAGGAUUGUAAUGUAUGGAGGCCUUUUCAAGAUUUCCGUAUACAUAGCUCUUUUGGAUUUUUUUCUAUUUAUUUCUUAGUAGAGCUUCUCCAAGACCAUGUUUGUUUCAAAUAGAGUAUCUUCAAGAGAUUUUCAGUAUUUUUAUCUGGAAUUUGUGAAUACUUACUUGAAGAAACCCUUCACUUACAUCGACCUUCUUGUGAGAGUUUCUUUGUAAGGCUUUGUAGAAAAUAGUCUAUAAAUUUAUUCCAGGAAGUGUGUCAGAAAUGAGUUAUGAUAUACAUCUAGAGUUUUUAAAAUAAUACUUAAAUAUUAUAAUUUAAUAUAAAAUUCCAUUAACAUUUCUUCUUUGCUCUGAGGGUUCCUCCAUGAUUAUUAUCUCGAAGUAGAUGACCAGAGAUUAUAAUUAUCAUUAAUUGCUGCAUAAUUACAAUAAUGUACCCCCAAGUCUGAAAAGAAUAUUUCGUUUUUUUUGAGAAUUUAUCCAGCUCAUCUAGAAGCUUUUCGCUAUCAUAUCCUAUUCUGUGGCUUAGUUGGUUAAAGCAACGGACUAGCGGAACGAAGUCGUUGGUUCGAAUCCCUCCGAAACAAGUGCUAUUUUUUUCACAAGUCUUAAUGACUUAAGUAUCGCGCCUUAUUUACAUUGUCUAAUUGUAUUUUCCCUACAUUACAAAAUUAUGAAGCUUUAUAUUUUCUCCCAAAAUUUAAUGAGAGAGUAUUUCUGAUGAGCAUAAUACAAAAAAACUAAGUAGGGUAUUGGUUCCCUUAUUAAGCAUGUGGCUCCCAUAUUCAUCCCACGAAAAACAAAGGAUUGAAGCGCUGUUUGUUUUGUUUCUUUUUUUUGUAUUUUUUGUUAGAAGUGAGCACCCAUGAAAACAAAAAGAACGGAGUCAAUAAGUACCGUAAUCGCUUGUUUUCGAAUAGGAUGAAAAUGGGAGCAUGAGAUUACUGGUGAUACACAUACCCUACGUACUAAUUUAUUAGUUCCUUGAUCACAAUUAUGUUUCAAUUUGACGCAUACAUAAUUGCAAGAUAAUGUGGCAACUGUUUUGCACCUCAAAAGCAAGGAAUAACCACUUCUCAUAAAAAAAAUCAAACGAUUUUGUCAGAGUUUCUCAUAAAAACAAAACAAGUGGUGACCUCUGAUUAGAAAAUUGCGCUCAUCAUAAUUCAAGCUUUUUUCCGUGAUUUAAUUCCUGAAGAAAAUCCUUAAAUGUUUAUGAAAUAACCGUAGAGGAAUUUCUGAUAUGUAAAAAAAAUACGGUGAAAUUUCUGAACAAAUUUCAAGUCGAGUUUUUUUUUUGUGAAACUUCCUGAAGGAAUUCUUCAAAGGAAGAAAAGCUGAAGGAAUCCCUGAAAGAUUCCUGCAGCAAUUCUAGAUAAAAUUCAUAAAAAAAGAAAAAAAAAUCUUCAUAAAAUGGAAGAAUGUCAAGCGAAAUUUCUUGGGAAACGUCAUUGAUGGUUGUAUUUCUAGAAGAAUCUUUUGAGAAAUUUUCAAGAGUUCCCUGCAAAGUUCUUGAGUAUUUUGUGGAGGAAUAAGCCGAUGUAUUUCUAAAGAUAUCGCAGUAGAAACACCUGGAUAAAUCUCUGUAUAUGUUCUGAGAAAUAACUCUUUCUGGAAGAAUUUCUGGAAGACAAUCUGAAAUAGUACGAGUUUUUGAAAGGUAUUUCCGAAGAAAUCCCCAUAGUGACAUUUCUGCGAGAACUUCAUUUGCAAUCCUUGGAUAAAUUCCCUUAUGAAGUUUGUGGAGUAAAACUCGCACGAAUUCCUGAAAGAACCAUCUGGAGAAUUUUUAGGUAAACCAUUGGGAUAGUUGUUGGAAAAAAUCCUUGAGAGAACUUAUACAGAAAUUCUUGAGAAUAUUUCUGUAGGCAUACUUGGAAAAAUUUUGAAAAUAUACCUUAAAAAUUGAUUUUUCAAAUGAAAUCCUAAAAAUUUCUGAAGAUAUCCCUGGAAAAAAUUCUGAAGUAAUCAACGGGCGGCUUUCUAAAGGAAUCAUCGGACAAGAUUUUAAAGAAACUCUUAGAAGAACACCAGAAGAAGUAAGCCUUAGAGCGGUGAUUCCCAAAGUGCGCGAAAUCGCCCACAGGGGUCGAAAAUCAGGCCGAAGGGGGUGAAAAUUUUAAAAACCAUAAUUGGGGGGCAAAAAUACUAAAAAUGGGGGCGAUUUUUUGAAAAACUCAAAAAUAUCAAAAGUUAAAGUAAAAAAUCAUUUAAGUAAAGUAAAUUAAAAGUAAUAAAUCAUUUAAGCUAUCUGACAUUUCAAGAUUUUUCGUUUCGUGGAUUUUUGAAAAAAUGUCUGUUUUGAGAUCGACUAAGUUUUAUUUACAGAGUUUUUGAUGUUUAUGUGAACCACAAGGGUGCGAGGCUGACACGUUUAAGAUUCCAUCAUCUUGUAUGUAAAUAUUUGUGCAUUCAAUGCCUUGUUAUUGUGGAUACACGAUAGAUGUUGUCUUUUGUCAGAUCUAUUGGGUGGGAAUAAGAUUGUCACAUACGUAAUGUGAACUUUUUGGCAAAAUUCCAAGAAAAAAAUUCAAUUAAAAUCAUGAAGUUUAAGAUGAAUCUUAGAACACUUUUCGGCUGAAAGUCAUCAAACAUUGAUUGAAAAAAUUCAGAUGAGCUUCCCGGAGGAAUUCUAAACAUGGUUUAUAACUAGGAGCUAUUUUGAAAAAUUUCCACAAAUUCAACGUUGAUUUUCCUCAAAACCGUGUAAUGACAGCAUAUCUGCAUAUCUACUUAUUUGACAAUAAAAAGUUGACCAAUUCAUGGGAAGCUUGUGAAUCCGUAUCACUGGAUUCUCUUAUGUUUCGAUUACUGAGCAAAGCUGACUACAUUCGAGAAUACAUCAAUAUAUUCCUGAGUUGUACUUUUUACGUGAAAGAUGUUCUUACAAUUGUUUUUCAAUUUCCCAACAGUCUUAUUUGAGUACUUGUGACCAAACAUCUCGGGUGUUGAAGAUUCCCUUUUAAGAAUACUAGUAAAACAUUUGGUUGAGGAUAACAAGUGUUCGUAAAUGUUCACAGUCCGUUCAGUUUUGCUCGAUUUUGUUCAAGAAUAUGUAUAUCACAAACAUGAUUUCGAAAUGUUUUGUUUUACAUGCAAUAAUGCAGUUUUCUUCUUCAAAUGAGGAAUAUCAAUGCAUUUGCAUAACAACUCAAUGGAAAUGGGGACGAUACUAAUUUAGAUACAUUGAAUACCAGCACGAACCCAAAUAUUCUUGAUGUCAGCUUCAAUGCUGUAAUUCACUUUGAGCUUGAGCUUGAGCUUGAUUGACCGCCCGUGGAUGCUACUCCAGUAUCGCCAGACCAGCUACACUCACACAAGGACCAAUGAGAUAACUGCCGGGGACUAGCAGGCAUCUUCAGUGUGUGAGCGUUGGCGAUCUUCUAUUUUUAGGCGACAAUGGCGCCUGCCACGUCAGGUUGCAGGUCAAUGUGGGGAAGGGGUAAGGAAGUGAUGAUUGCAAUCGUUUGUAUCCACAUCUGGUCGAAUAUACCUCUGCGCCAGCACAAAUUCAUGCGGAUGUUGGAGUGUUGGUGGGAAUUGGCUGGCAGAAGGUUCACACAUUGGUGUGUGGAUACCAGAGGAAGGUGAUAGAAUUGUGUGUUUUUAUUAUUUUGAAGAUGUGCGGCACAGUUCGCUUGGUUGCAUAACUUGUAGGCGUUUUCUAAUAGGAUUGUGACACUGUGCUAUGAAAGUUUUGGAAGGAAGGGAAACGGCUUUUUCAACCCGUUUCUGUUCUAGCGACGGCUAUGAACAUGUUUAUAUACAUGAGUUGUAUAUGUAGAGAGCAGAGAGAAAGUAUAUAGAAAGAUACAAAGUAGGAGGAAAGGGACGGGCCAGGGAUUGAACCCAUCUGCAUAUAAAUCAGAAGCGGUAGCCACUAGACCACCAAGCCCGUCCACUUCAAUGCUGUAAUUCACUUUAUUAUUAGAAAUAUUCAGCAGUUAUACAAUUCAAUAUACAUAUGCAAUUUGGUAUUUUCCGUGCUUAUUCAAGGGAACGACCUUUUAACCUAGAGAAUUAACGCUUUAUUUCUGAUUUCUUCUUGUAUUCAGUGUUGCCAGUUUCACUGACAAUAUCACUACAACAAAGGCUUUAUGAAGGAAUUCCUAGAGUGAUUCCAUAGAAGUCCUUUGAGAAAUUGCUGCACCAAGAACUAGAAGAAUUUCUGACAGAAAUUCUGGAGAAGUUUCUGAAAGAAUAUCAAAGAUAUCUCUAAAGUAAUCUUUCAAGUAAUUUCUCAAGCAACCCCUGAAGAAAGUAUCCAAAUCCAUCUUCGGAUACUUAAAAAGAACUGUAAAAGAAUUUCUGAUGAAUUUUCGGAAAAAAUCCUUGGAAAAAUUUUCGAUGAAAUCUCUAGAAGAAUUUCUGAAAAUAUUUUUGGAAGAAUACAUGGAGGAACCCACGGAAGAACUUCUGAAGAAAUCUUUUAAGAAUUGACUAUAAGAAUCCCUGGGAAAUUGCUUGAAGAAAUACCUAGAGGAAUUUCUGAAAGAAUCCAUGGCCGCAAAUCUGGAGUCCUAAUUUUACAGGAUUUUUUUCUCCUAUGCUGCAACAAAGUUCAAAAUAAUAUUGCCUUCAACUUUGCUGAAGAACCAGGUGGCGAAUUAUUUCCCUCAUCAACAAUUAUAGGAAAGAUUAUGACAUUAAUGGCAAGCGACUUCUCUAAAGAUAUUAACCUUAAAAAAAAUAACGAGCACAGAGAUAGGAAGUCAUGCGUAAAGCCUGAAGUUCAUAAGCAUAAAUGUUUUGAAAAUGGAAGAACUGAGAUGGAAAACUGUCAGAGCGUGAGGUGAGGUAGGUAUUGGAUUCAGGUUGGCUAUCGGCUGAGGUGAAGCUGGUUAACGUAGCAGUGGUGUCAGCGAGGUUGCUCCAAGUUACUCAAAGAUUCAUACCUAGGUUUUAUCCAGAGGUUUCUAGAGUUUCUUACAGGACUCAAUUCAGAUAUUUCAUUGACUCUUUCUCCGAAAUUUCUCAGCAGGUUAUUUUGAGAAAUCUUGCAUGAAUUGCUUCACAAAUUCACUCAUGAAUUUCUGAAGAAAUCCUUUAGAGAUUUAUUCAGAAAUUCUUUGAGAGAUUCUUUUAGAGAUUUGACAAAGGAUGUAUUUGGAAAGCAAUUCAUGGAUAUUUUCAUACAUUACUCCAUGGAUUUCAAUAGAAAUCCUUCAGAAAUUCCCAAAGCGAUCCCAGCAGAACAUUUUCCAGAGAACUUAAUAAAAAUUCAAUCACGAAUGCACUGGGAAAUUUCACCUUGGAUUCCUUCCGGAUUUGCCCCAUGGAUGCCUUUAGAAAAUCUUUGAAAAAAAUCUUCUCGGAACAUCUUUUAUGGAUUCUUUUCGAAAGUUUUUUAGGAAAUCUGCCAUUGAUUUCUUCAGAAAUUUCUCUUGAAUUUCAUUUGGAAUUACCACUUCAGGAUUCUCAAGAAAAAAAACUCUCCAAGAACUCCUUUAGAAAACCUUUCAUGGGUUUUCUCAGAAAUUUCUCCAUCAAAUCUAUCAAAAUUCCGUUCAAAGUGCAGGAAUUUCUUUAGAAAUACAUAUGUCCACAAACCGCUUCAGAAAUACUUUCUGAAUUACUUUCAUUGAUUUUAGGGAUGUAGUACCGGUAGUACCGGUACCGAAAAUCCCGGUAUUACCGAUCAAUUUUUGGUACCGAAAUACCGGUACUGACUGAGCCUUGGUACCGGUACUUUCGGUACUGGGAAAUCUCUCCCGAAGUAUCGAAAUUCGGUCGUUAGUAUAGCUAAUAUUCAAUAGAAAUAAACGAAAACAUUUAAAUUCAAGUACUGUGACAAACAAACGUUUCAUACAUAUAUGAAACCUUUCUGGAAAUCCAUGAUAAUCAUAGCAAUAAUUGGUUUAUUGAAUAUCUAAUGUUGAAAAUGCAUUUACUAGCUAUGAAUUUAACUUGUAAGAUUUGGGAUUCUUGUUUUUCUUCAGUUUUGAGAAGGAAUUAGGAAAAAAUCAGUUCAAUAGUAGCUAUCUAUCUGAUUUUGCUGUAUGUAAGGUUAUUCCUUUUUUUAGACUGCCUGUGAAACUGGUCAGAAGCUAAACAAUAGUUCUAAAAACAGUUUCAUGCAACUUCUUCUAUAUUUUUUAUCUAUUUACAUUUAUGUUCUAUUUAUAAUUUGAUUUUAUGUCAUCCCUAAAAACCGGAAUUCUCAAAUAUCUGAUAAAUAGCAGAUUUUAUUGUUCAAAAUUGAUAACUCUUCAUUUCAGUGAAAAAUUUUUCAGUACCGGUAUUUUACCGGUACUACCGGUACUGUGAGCCUCAGUACCGAAAUACCGGUACUCAUCAAAAGUGGUCGGUACUGCGACCCCUAAUUGAUUUCUUCAUAAAAUCAAAAGUUCAAAAUCCGUCCAAAAAUUUCUUUAGAAAAUCUUCCACAUACUCCAAUUUUUUUUAUUAUAUCUUAUAGAAUUUUAUUAAAUUUAAUAUUUUUUUUUAAAGGAUUUCUUCAGGAGUUUUCUUAAAGAAUAACUUUUUAGGAACUCCGCCCGAGGCUUUCUCUGAGAAUCUCUUGAGGUACCGUCGUGCGAGGUGACAUUGGGGCUAGAGGGUAACAUUGGUCCAUCGAUCUCACGGAUUCAAUACAAGUCAUAGAAUCCAUCAGUGGAUGCAAACUAUCUUAGAAUUUUUUUUACCAGUGGUCUAGCACACAAUAUGCAUUCCCGUCGUAUUCUAAACGUGCGGAAUAGUGGCCCAAUGUCACCCCACUUUGGCCCAAUGACACCCCGCACGACGGUAUUUCUCUAGGGAGUUUUGUAAAACUCCCUGUUGGAAUUCCUUCAAAAAUCGCGGUGGUUUUUCCAUAUAUUUUUUUUGGAGAUUCAUUAGAAAGUUUUCCCUGAGAUUUUCACAGAAAUUUUACAGGUAAUUUCUUCAAAAAUGCUUUCAGAUUUUGUUUCCAGAAAUUCCCACUUGGCUUUCUUCUAAUGUUCUGUUAAGAAGUAAGAGGCUUCUUCAAAGUUUAAUGGAUUUCUUUAAGAGUUUCAGAGCGGGAUUUUUUUUUGGAGUUUUACAGUAAUUCAUUAAAAAGAUAUCCUAAAAAAAACUCUACAGAGAUUCUUUCCGAAAUUCUUUCAAGGGUUCCUCCAAGAAUUCCAUGAGAAAUUCCUUCUGAAAUUGGUGCAGAAAUUCCUACACGAUUUAAUUUUGGAAACUACUCUUGUGGCUGGAAAAUUUAUUGAAAUAAUCUCAGAGGGAAAUUCUCAAAAAAUCACUGAAUUGUCUGAAAGAAUUCCAUUUAAAAAAAACUUUUUGUUAUAACUUUGGAGAUCCGGUCGUCUGACAAAAUCCCUGCAGAAGUUGCAAACAAAGGUACUGGUGGAAUUCUUGUUUAAAUCCACCAAUAAAUUUCUGAGGGAUCUCUGGAGGAGUUUUUGAAGGAAUCCUAAGAAAAACCCAUGGAAAUACCAUUGGAGGAAUUCAUAGAAAUAUUUCUUUUACAGUUUCUUCAGGGAUAAUUGCAUAAAAAUUGCUAUAGAAAAAUUUCUGAAGAAAAUCCUAACACGUCCUGGAGAAAAAAAAAAUAAGAAAACCUCUGAAUGCAUUUUGGAAAAAUGAAUUUAUUGAAAGAAUCUUUGGCAGAAUACCUGGAAGAACAGGAGAACCUUCUGCAGGUAUAAGUGUAUGAAUUUCUUGAUGAAUUCUUAAAAAAUCCCAAGGAAUUCGUUCUGGAAAAAAAAAUCUGUAGGAAUUGCUGAGAGAAUUUUUGGAGAAAUUUCUUAAGUAUCACCGAAAAAACUAUGGAAAAAAAAACUGGAAGUAAGGUCUCUUUAAGCCCUGAGCAAUCAUUGGAGGAAUAUUUGAAGGAACAUCUGGAGAAACUUCUUAAAAAUUCCCUAGUAAAUGUCUGAAGGAAUCUCUGAAUGUAUGAAAUAAAAAUUAAGAAAAUUCAACAAUAAUUCCUGAAAGAGUUGAAGGAAAAAAUCUGCAUUUUCAAAGGAAACCUUCAAACAGAAUUUUUGAAUAAAUAUCUGAAAUAAUCGCCAAAUCUCUAUAAUUUUCUCUUGGAAUUGCAUCUUGGAGACUUUUCUUGAAUUCUUGAGAGAUUUUCUGAAGAAAUCUGUUGGAAAAUUCUCACAGAAAUGUUUGAAGAAACACAUGAAGAAUAUAUGCAUGAACUUCCGUAGCUAUUCUUAAAGGAUUUUCCUGAAUAAUCGCUAAAGAAAUCCCAGGAAGAAUUUUUGAACCAACCUUGUUUUAAUAGUUCAAGGAAAUCCUGUGAGAAUCUUUAGAAAAAAAAGAUAAAUCCUGUAAGAAUCCUUAAAGGAAUGAUUGGCGGUAUCCCUGAAGAUACCCUGGAGGUUAUCAUGGAGCAGUACGGGGGAAGAAAUAAAUUCCAAAUUCUAAAAGAUUAAAGGAGGAAUCUUUAGGAAAGCUAUUGCUGAACUAAAAUUUCAGUCAUUUGAAGUCACCCCUAUAAGGGUUUAUCAGUGUAUGUGGCACAGAGAUUUGGAAAUCUUGAGUAACCAGCUCUGACUUUGUCAUGACAGCACUGUUAUGUCUUGCGAAUUGGGGAGACGUGGGUUCGAAUCCCACCAGAACUGUGUUUUUUUAAAUUUACACCUCAAUCAUUCAGUUUUUUAACGUUCUUACAGAAACAUCUCCAAACUCUAUGGAGUUUGUUAGAUGUUCAGAAGAAAACUCUUGAGAAAUUUUUUCUCUAGAAAAUACCAAUGGUUUACAUUAAAGUCACGGAAACUCUGCUCUCACUUAAAUAUUCAAGGUCAAUGGCAUAAACUAUUUUCGAAAAAUGCCAAUUGAUAUUCAUGAAUAAUAUCAAUUGAUAUUUUUCAAAUGGACUCAAUGACACUAAUUUUAAAUAUUUUAGACAUAGCGGUUUUAGGCGACUUUCUUGAAGAACUGAUCUAUCCGCACAAGUUUUUCAUAUACCAUAGUUUCAAGUUCAGCUUCUACUAUGAGCUGGAGGGGAUUGAAUCUAGAUAUGUCAAAAUGACAUUUUCAGCACUGGUUAUUUGACAUUUUAUGUCAUAACAUUUAUUCCAUGGCAUUUUCGUGACAUUUUCCAACACUGUUGAACUUAAUGUUCACUAGAUAUUUUAAGUGCUGUCAAUUCAAAACUAGAUUACAAAGUUGGUCUUUCGAAAACAAAUGAUAGAGAAAAAAAAAUUGUAUUAAGUAUUAUGAUUAUUUCCACAAAAUGG